UUCAACGACUUUAUGACAAUAAGGGACGAGACGAGCGGGACGUUCAGCUGAUGGUGAUGGCGGGUCGUGGUGACGUGCACGUGAUGCGAAUCGUGCGACGUCUGCGGGCUCGUGUGCCCACCACGCAACGCCCUGCGGUCCCACCUCUGACGCACGGCGGACAGAUGGCGGUCCACUGCGCCCUGGGGCUGGUGUUCCUGGGGGCGGGGCGAGCCACUCUGAGCACCACGCCCACUGCGGUCGCGGCCAUGAUCGCAGCGUUCUUCCCCAAGUUCCCCACGCACAGCGAAGACAACCGAUACCACUUGCAAGCUUUUCGUCACCUUUAUGUAUUAGCGGUCGAGCCCCGCCUAAUACUACCAAGGGACAUUGAUUCUGGCAAGCUCUGCUAUGCGAAUGUUCAGGUGGUCGACCUGCAGGGCGCUGUACGCGAGCUGCGGGCUCCGUGUAUCAUCCCGGAGCUGUCUACGCUGCGGGAAGUGCGUGUGGACGAUCCUCGAUACUGGCCCGUCUGCUUCCAGCGGGACCACAACUGGGAACAACUUCAGGCACAUCUCGACUACACCUGGUGCGUCGAUAUCAAACAGCGCGCGGGCUGUCUGUCCUACCUCGACGACCCGCAGGGCUACCUGACGAUCCUGGCGCAGACUCUGACCCUAGACAAGACCAACGUGUGGUCGGCCACCGCCGACAACAUCGAGCUGUUCACCAACGACGCGAAAGUCCAGAACUUCGUGCGACACUACCUCACCAAGCAGAUGUACAUCGGGGCGAACCAGUACAACGGAGCGAACUGUGCGGAUUGUCUGGUGAUGAAGAAACGGCGGGGUGUCAAAGGGGAGGUCGCGCGGGGGGCGUGUCUUUGUCGCAAGUACACGAGGGAGGAACGCGAGCACGUGCAGAGCCUUAGUGUACUGACGUACGAGUGUGUGGUGCGAGAUGUGUUAUGUGCUCUGCCGGCGUGGACCACCUUCCUCAAGAUAAUAAAGAAGAUGAAGACGGAGCCCACGUCUUACCACAUGUGGCAGGUGAAGCUGCUGGUGGCUCAGGCUGAGCUGGUGAACGCCCGCGCUGCGCUCACCAUGGCCGUGGACGAUGACACGCCCGCCGACACACUCGUCUCCACAGAGUUCACACUCGCCGUGAAGCAGAAGAUCACACUCGUGUUCGACAAGUGGGAGACCCGCAUCUUACCCUACCUGCGGAAGUAUCUGGGCCUUCCCAGCAGUCGCAAAAUACACACUAGCGACGAUGAAACAAAGCGCAUUUUAGCUUCCUAUCUCGUAUACCACGAUCUGCCGCGGGAUGUUUUGCGAGAGGACACUGACGAAAUGGGCGUGGUCUUGUGCGAGGGGCGGGGCGUCGGCGCCUCCUCUGGUGCGGCCGUGGGCAAGGUCAUUGAACUGCUGCGGUGAUUGAGGUCGUUGACCGGUGGCUACGUCACGCGGUCCCGCUGUCACGGCGAUUGUGUCCACGACUGGUGUUGUUAAGUAAAUAAAUAAACGAACUGUUCGCCUGAAUGUGACUAUUGUUCUGUACUCCUAGGUAUGAUCUCGUACUAGUAAUUAUUUUUUAAAUAAAGUCAGUGAAGUUCUUACAGCUUGACGUCAUCGGAUAUCUAUUUAAAAAAUAACCAAAAAAAGCCAUUUUUCAGAUAAGUGUAUAGCUGUCAUUGAAAGCAUCAUUUAUUGACGUUGAACAUUGCUAACUAAACACUAAAGUACAUACCAAUGACUGUAAUUAUUAUAAAGUUGAAGUCGUCACAAAUUGUAAAAUGGUAGUCAAAUAAUACUUAAUUAUGUUAAGAGAGAGAAGCUAGUUCUCUCAUAGAACAGCUGUAUAUACCUGUUAGAAGGCUAUUUAUUCUGUUUAUAAUAUUUUGUAUUAUUAUUUUAUGUUACAAUACAAGAGAACUUUCUAGGCAGGCCUAAUCAACGUUCUAUUUUACCACAUAAGCACAGUAGACAUAUGUAACAGUAUGGAAAAUACCUGCAAAUGACACACAAAAUGCGCAUCGACGAGACCCCUAAGCGGUUUUCGCGGUGUUACAGUAGCGAAUGCUGUGUGAAGACGAGUGUUACUGACUUAUUGUUAUAUUAUUAUUAGAGUUUACUCCUUAAGAAUCGAUUUUCAUAUAAGGAGCCCGGUAUGAGUUAAAUAUGGAGAGUAAAACCUACUCAAAUGGGAUACUAACGUUUUUGGUGCGCAUCAUUUCUCGCGCACCUUUCAUUCGUCAACUGUGUGAAAUCUGUCAAGUAAAAUGGCGGAAUUCUAGGAACAUUUUACUCUUUCUUCAUACUGAUAUAAGAUAAAUGAGAAAAUGAAGAACCUGAUAAUGAAUUGACCUGUAAAGUGUUUAUUUUCUGAUGAAUAAUAAUAUCAAAACAUAACAUUAUAGCAUUCUUUGUAAAAUAUAUAAAGUCUCACUUGAUAUUUAAUGCGUUUAUUGACCCUUAUAUAUGAUGUCGAUCUUUUUUAAUUAAUACGCUUUUAUUAGCUUCUGCUGUAUGUCUGUUUGUAACCGACUCCAUUGGACUUGAUUUUGUUUAGUACCUGUUCAAAGACAAUCGUUCUUGAGGAGUAAACUCCAGUCGUGCGUCGCUGCUCCAGCUGACACACACACUUUUUUUUUAUAAUUAGCAGGUAUUCGAAUUAUAGGUCCGUGAGUUCGAUUGUAAUAAAUUUGUGAACAAAAUUCACAAUGUUAAACAAAGAUUGCGCCUGCAAUAUGUACAAUUAAGUUUUUUUUAUGACUGGUCUUAUAGUUUUCGAGGACAUUUUUUUUAUAUUUAUUUAUUUUGGACAAAAAAUAAUUAACUACAUGUGUUUUGUCAUGUUUUUUGUGGGUGUUGCAACCAAUACCAGCUAGUGCUGGCAAAAUGAAAAUUCAAGAUGGCAGCAGCAAAACUAUCAACUAUUUCGUCACGGGUGCCGUUUUCAUAGUUUUUGAGUAUGUUGAAACUGAUAGUGCUGUCAAAAUGUAAAUCCAAGUUGGAGCAACAUGAAAUUAUCAAAUUUUUCAUAGUGGGUGUUGUUUUCAUGAUUCUCGAGGGUGUUGAAGCCGAUAGUGCUGGACUUUUGACAUAAAAUUGUGUGUUCACAGUCGUCCGAGUUGUAAGAAAUGAACGCGAGAUUGAACUUUUUGUUUAUGCAAACCAACACCUUUACUGGUGAAAAUGACUAAGAGAAUAUUUUGUUAUCUUUUUCAGACGUUCGCAAUGACUUCGUUUUAAAGUCAAAUCCGCCAUCUUGGAUCUCGAAGUGGGUGUCAUAUUUGUAAUUGACACUCCCGUAAUUCUCGAAAAUUAUACACAUAUUGAUUUUAUUGUAUAAGUCACAUCCACCAUUUUGGGUCUCAAAAUAGAUGUCAUAUUCGUUAAUUACACUCCCGACAACCUCGUAAAUUAACGUUUGUAGGUAGUUUCCAUACUCUUACAUAUGUCUACUGUGCUAUAACAGCGUUUAAUUCAAUUCAAAGACAUGAAUAUUGUUAUUGUAUAAUAAAAUAAUAGUAGUUUUAAAAAAGCGCGUAUUCCUUUUAAAGGGCCGGCAAAUUUAUUAUAAUUCCUCGGGUGUUGCUAGAGAAUGUGGGCGUUGGUGAUCACAAGACACCCAUAUUGAUUUUAUUGUAAAAAUCACAUUCACCAUGUUGGAUAUCAAAAUAAAUGUCAUAUUCGUUAUUGACACUACCGAAAACCUCGAAAAUGAUACCCAUAUUGAUUUUAUUGGAAAUAUCAUACCCACCAUCCUGUAUCUCCCGUUUAGAUAUGUCCGCGGGAUCAUUGCUGGGAAGAGUUUCUUAAGACUGUGGAGGAAGUGAAACUUCAAUGGGCAAAAGUUUAAAAACAAUAAUUACAAAGUUUCCCGUACAGUUUAAUAAAAUAUAUUUCCAAGAAAAACAUUCAUUGAAAUGUUUAAAAAUAUUACAUAACAGUCAUCAUAUAGACUAUAAUAUUACUAGACACUGUAUAGCCAUCAUACAUAGACUAUACAUAAAAAUCUUACGCAUUUUACUUUUUACGCUCCGCAACGCCCCAUAAAGAACUUGGUUCCAAAAAUACAGUCGAAUUGAAAACCUCCUCCUUUUUUAAAGUCGGUUAGAAAAAUAACAUGACAACCCUAUUGCUUUAAUGGAGUGUAGGUAAUUAUUUUGACAACAACGCUUAGUUUCUAUAAUAAAUAAAAAUAAUAUACAUAAAUAAAAUAGGCUUCAAGUAUUUGCAUGUAUCAAAUUAUUAUAGUCCAUUAAAGUAUCUGUUAAUAUCAAUAAUAGUAUAUUUUCUAUAUUUAAUUAAUAAUAAUAAUAUGCAUAUGUUAAUAUUAAAAAAACUAAUAGGACAUCCGGAACCCGGGUCUUCUGCUUUCUGGUUCACCCAAUGUCUCAUCUGAGCUAUUAUAGUCUUGUAUAUAGUGGCGAAAUUUACCUUUGUAUUGUAAUGUUAUUGUAGCUGUUUGUAAUUAAAACACAGAUAAAGCUAAAUUUUUUAAAAUUGAAACCUAGCUAGAUCGAUUUCUCGCCCCCGAAACUACCUGUAUACUAAAUUUCAUUAAAAUCGUUGGAGCCGUUUCCGAGAUUCAGAUUAUAUAUAAAUAUAUACAAGAAUUGCAGCUAAUUUCACGGCGCUCACACUGUUUACUUUGCUGCAUAGCAAGAAUACCAUGCGCAAGUGCUUGGGAUCUACCGACUCAUUCUCUUUCUCUCUCCCUCUCGCGUUGGAAUAUUGGACGCUACUCAUUGCUAACGCUCGCGCUGGCUUGUAACAGGUAUACUACACGCAUGCGUUCAAGUGCCACGCAUUAACUCUCGCUCUGUCUCCUUCUAUUUCCACUCCCCAGGAGCGUUGAAUGUCUAACGCAACAGUGCUUAUAUACCACCUCCAUGGUAAGGUUAAACGUUUAAGGCAACCUUGUUGGAAGUCGUAUCAGAAGUUUCACUUUAAAAACCAUACUAAAUAAUUGCCCACAUUGAUCUGAUCAUUUCAUAGUAAGACACCAAUAUCCUUAAGUCAAUAUUGUAUUUGCUAAUAGGAAAUGAAGGUUGAAUAUUUUCAUACAGUUUUCAAAGAAAAAGAAAUGUUCACAUUCAUUCAUUCGUCAUCAGCCGGAAGACGUUCACUGUUGGAUAAAGGCCUGCCCAAAAGAUCCACUUUUCUUUCUCAAAGAGGUCUUUACUGCCCCACCAUCUGUCAGUCAAAUGUGCCCCGCCCACUGCCACUUCAGUUUCGCAAUCAUUUGGACUAUGUCUGUGUCACCCACAUAGUCACAAAUACUUUUGGCAAAAUGUCUUGAGAAUAUCAAUACUUUUAAAGCAGCUAAAGUACCGCUUCCACUAUUUUGGUGUCUUGGCAACAAAUGAUAAGGACAAUAUUCUUAUGUUUGAAAAUUUGUUAUGUUUUUUUAAAGUGAUAACCCUCACUUCUAGGUAAUCCUAGUAUAAAUAUACACAAAUAAAAUUUGAAAAACAAAAUUUUAUGAAGAUGCGGGACUGGAACCCACGACCUCCGGCGUUCCGUGCCGGUGCUAUAACCAACUGAGCUAACCGUUCUAACGAUUGUUUUUCAAAUUUUAUUUGUGUAUGUUUGAAAAUGUUUUUCUUUUCGAUGGACACUAGGCUUUCGGCCCAAAAUGAAUGGUCCUAUUUAUUUUGUACAUAGGUUGUCAUAAUCUGAACUUUAUGAUUUCUUAUCCUAAUAGUUUCCUCUUAAGCAAUGUUAAUUAUUAGAAGCUGUGAAUCUUUCUAGUUUGUAAUGUAGUAAUUAAUAUACCAGUGUAUAGUGUUGUUGUGUGUAUGUAAUAAACCUGUUUGUAUAA